CCGCGUGCCGCUCUUUGAUUACGGACACGGAUUUGACCGACUUACGUACGCGAACAAAACGGUGUUGCGGGGCAACUUCUCUGAAGCUUCAAGAGCUUGAAGUUCCCCCACCAUUUCCGAUACACAAUCAAGCACAAGCACUGUCUAUUUUACGAUCUAUCACUCGCAAACAUGGCCACUGACCGUGAUGUGCUGCCUGACAACAUCAAACCAAUUCAUUACUCCCUUUCCCUAUAUGACCUUGAGCAUGGUGGUGCAUUUAGCUAUGAGGGACAAGUUUCAAUCGACGUCAAAAUAUUGAAGUCAACCAAGGAGAUAGUUUUGAACACUCAUCAAUUGAAGAUACAUGAGGCCGAGGUGAAGAUCACCAAGACUGAAGACUUGCACAAGGCUUCGAACAUAUCCUAUGAUGCACCAAGACAGCGAGCGAUUGUAUCAUUCGACGAGGACCUAUCGCCUACACAUAAUGCACAAAUUGUGAUUAAGUUCCAGGGCACGAUGAAUCAGUCCAUGGCAGGCUUUUACCGCUCCCGUUAUAAGCCAACUGUACCAGCUGCUCAAUCGGUGGCGCGCGACGAUGAGUAUCAUUACAUGUUCAGUACUCAAUUUGAAUCAUGCGAUGCGCGACGAGCGUUCCCUUGCUUCGACGAACCCAACUUGAAGGCUACGUUCGAUGUAGAGCUCGAAGUACCAGAAGAUCUCGUCGCCUUGAGCAACAUGCCUGAAAAGGAGGUCAAAAAAUCCUCUAAGUCUAAUUUCAAGAUUGUCUCCUUCGAGCGAACCCCAAUCGUCAGCACAUAUCUAGUAGCCUGGGCGAUUGGUGAUUUUGAGUAUGUGGAGGAUUUCACUCGGCGGAAAUAUGAUGGAAAGAGCCUUCCGGUCCGAGUGUACACUACCAAAGGUCUCAAAGAGCAGGGCCGAUUUGCCCUCGAACAUGCACAUCAAAUCGUGGAUUACUUUUCUGAAAUCUUCGGUAUCGAAUAUCCACUCCCUAAAGUUGAUCUGCUAGCAGUUCACGAAUUUUCUCACGGUGCGAUGGAGAACUGGGGCUUGAUCACGUACAGGACUACCGCUGUAUUGUUCGACGAAAAGACCUCCGACGCGAGGUUCAGAAACCGAGUAGCCUAUGUAGUAGCGCACGAACUUGCUCACCAGUGGUUCGGUAACUUGGUGACUAUGGACUGGUGGAGCGAGCUCUGGCUGAACGAAGGUUUUGCGACAUGGGUUGGUUGGGUUGCCACUGACUACCUUCAUCCUGACUGGAACGUCUGGAGUCAGUUUGUCGCUGAGGCGGUUCAAACAGCAUUCCAAUUGGAUUCACUACGGACAUCUCACCCCAUCGAAGUCGCUGUUAAGGAUGCACUUGAAGUCGAUCAGAUAUUUGACUCGAUCAGUUAUCUCAAAGGUAGCUCAGUCAUACGCAUGCUGAGUUCACAUUUGUCGCAAGAUGUUUUUUUAAAAGGGGUGGGAGAUUACCUACAGAAGCAUAAAUACGGCAACGCUACUACCAAUGAUCUUUGGUCCGCUCUGAGCAAAGCCUCUGGCCAAGAUGUCAACACAUUCAUGGACAUCUGGAUUCGAAAGAUGGGUUUCCCUGUCCUGACGGUCGCUGAGGAGCCGGGUCAAAUAAGCGUUAAGCAGGGUCGUUUCUUAUUCAGUGGUGACGUCAAGCCUGAGGAAGAUGAGACGAUCUGGUGGAUUCCAUUGGGCUUGAAGACUGGACCAAAAGCUAUGGAUGCUAACGCAGGUGCCCUCACGACGCGUGAGAACACCAUUAGAGAUAUUGACGACAGCUUUUACAAGCUCAACGCAAACCAGAACGGCUUUUACAGGGUCAACUAUCCCCCGGAACGACUUGUAAAGAUUGGCGAGGCAAAGGACAAGCUUACAGACGAAGACAAGAUUGGCCUGAUUGGUGAUGCAGCUGCCUUGGCAGCUUCAGGUCUUGGAACUACACCUGCUCUAUUGGCGCUUGUGGAGAACUUCAGGGACGAAGAGAACUACCUGGUAUGGCUUGAGAUAUUGACUAGACUGGGUAACAUUCGAUCAAUCUUCUCUGAAGACGACGAAGUCAGUAAGGGUCUUCGGCGAUUUACCUUGACCCUCAUCAGUCCAAUCACAGACAAGGUCGGCUGGGAGUUCAAAACUGGGGAAGACUAUCUGACUGGACGGCUUCGUGCUCUGCUCAUAGCCACAGCUGGCCUGGUCGGACACGAGGGUGUUGCGGAAGAAGCUAAACGUCAGUUUAAUGCCUACACCAGCGGCGAUAAGUCUGCUAUACACCCGUCUCUACGAAGCGCUGUGUACCGGAUCGCUGUCACUGAGGGUGGUAAGGAAGCCUACGAAGCAGUAAGGUCAGACUAUGCUACAACAACGUCGAUUGAUGGUAAAGACGUAUGUCUAUCUGCGAUGGGUAGAGUACAAACUCCUGAGCUUGCGAAAGACUACCUGGAUUUCCUCUUUUCGCCCGCAGUGGCAGUUCAAGACGUGCACAGUGGAGGCAUGUCCCUCGGUGCUAACGCGAAGACUCGUGCUGCGGUGUGGGAGUACAUCCGCGACAAUUGGGAUAGUAAGAUCUACUCAACUUUGAGCGAUAAUAUGGUUGUACUUGAACGAUUCCUUCGCACAUCCCUGAACAAAUUUGCCAAUUAUGAGAUUGAGAAAGAGAUGUCUUCCUUCUUCGGUGGCAAGGAUCAGAGGGGUUUCGACCGGGGUGUCAGCGUCAUCAGCGAUACCAUCAAGGGUAACGCCAAGUACAAGGAACGUGAUCUGCCAAUCAUUCGAGAAUGGAUCAAGGCACAUGGCUAUGCCAAUCCCAUGAGCAGUCUAAAACUGUAAGACUCUACUGCAAUCUUCAAUACACCGGAAUGUACUGUUUCAUAGUGGGUAAGGGAGCCACAGCUUAUACAUAACACAUUGGCAGCGAGUACUAUAGAAUUGAAGCUCU